AUGCUACACCAAGCUUUAGCCACCGAACAAGAUUUCACAACCAGGCUAGACGCCGAGCGCAGUCUGGCUUACGCAGCCAUGGCCAUGAAGCACUACUACGAUAAGACGCAUUUGCACAAGUGGUUUGACGUUGGUCAAUACGUUUACCUCCGCCUUGGUCACGGAUACGACAUCCAAGCCAACCAGAACCUUCCGACCUGUCCGCCCUCAUACAUUUCUAUGCGGCCUUUAUUUGGCAUAUCUGGGCCUCCUGAUAGCCUGGAGCUUGGACAAGUACGCAUGGACUACUUGUCCAAGCGCCUGAUCAACCGGUAUGCCUCAUAUUUACAUGACUACACUCAGCAUGAGAAGAAUCCCUAUGGGGGGAAGAAGCGUGGCAAGACGUAG